AUGGCCGCCGGCGCCGCCGCCGCUUUAGCGUUCCUGAGUCAGGAGAGCCGAGUCCGGGCCGGGGGGGUCGGGGGUCUGCGGGUCCCGGCUCCGGUCACUAUGGACAGUUUUUUCUUCGGCUGUGAGCUCUCCGGCCACACCCGCUCUUUCACCUUCAAGGUAGAGGAAGAGGAUGAAUCGGAGCAUGUGCUGGCGUUGACCAUGCUCUGCCUCACCGAGGGGGCCAAAGAUGAGUGUAAUGUGGUAGAAGUCGUUGCCAGGAAUCAUGACCAUCAGGAGAUUGCAGUCCCUGUGGCCAAUCUCAAGUUGUCCUGCCAACCCAUGCUCAGUUUGGAUGACUUCCAGCUCCAGCCACCUGUAACCUUCCGCCUGAAGUCAGGUUCUGGCCCUGUGCGCAUCACUGGGAGGCACCAGAUUGUUACUAUAAGCAAUGACGUUUCUGAGGAAGAAGAGAGUGAAGAAGGGAGUGAGGAGGAGGAAGCUGAGUUGUGCCCCAUCCUACCUGCCAAGAAGCAGAGGGGCAGGCCCUAG